CAUAACCCGGCCCCCGAGGCCCUCUUGGGUUCCCCCCCCCCAGGCGGUAGCAGCAGCAACAGCAGCGGCCGAGGCGACAUGAGCAGCGGGGCGGCGUCCGGGACAGGGCGGGGGCGGCCCCGGGGCGGGGGACCGGGACCCGGGGACCCCCCGCCCGGCGAGACCCACAAGCUGGUGGUCGUGGGCGGCGGCGGCGUGGGCAAGAGCGCGCUGACCAUCCAGUUCAUCCAGUCCUACUUCGUAUCUGACUACGACCCCACCAUCGAGGAUUCUUACACAAAGAUCUGCACAGUGGAUGGCAUCCCUGCACGCUUGGACAUCUUGGACACUGCAGGCCAAGAGGAAUUUGGCGCCAUGCGGGAGCAGUACAUGCGUGCAGGCCAUGGCUUCCUGCUGGUGUUUGCCAUCAAUGACCGGCAGAGUUUCAAUGAGAUAGGCAAGCUCUUCACCCAGAUCCUCAGAGUCAAGGACCGUGACGACUUCCCGGUUGUGUUGGUUGGGAACAAGGCAGAUCUAGAAACACAGCGGCAGGUCCUCCGGUCUGAAGCAUCCUCUUUCAGCGCCUCCCACCACGUGGCUUACUUCGAAGCCUCAGCUAAACUGCGUCUGAAUGUGGACGAGGCCUUUGAGCAGUUGGUGCGGGCUGUCAGGAAAUUUCAGGAGCAGGAACUCCCACCCAGCCCACCCAGUGCCCCCAGGAAGAAGGGAGGGGGCUGCCCCUGUGUCCUGCUGUAGCUACGCAGCCCCAAGUGACCAGCACAAGCUCUUGGGACCAGCUGCCUCACAACUUGCUGUGUGGCCUGAGGUUCUAGCUGAGCCUCAGUUUUCUCUCUGGGUUUCCCAGGACACACUACACCCUCCACGUUUACUUCCUGGCCUCCUGGGGCCACUACCACUGUGUGCCUUCUGCCAAUACCUCCACUCCCCACCCAAGCCCCUUGUGGAGUGAGGGGCCCCCAGUCACUGCUGUAUAUAAGUCCUGUCCCUCAGAAAAAUAAAAUAUCACUGCCAACAAAAA